UAUAAAGAGAAGUAACCUCGCAAAAAUGUUUAAUCUUAUCACUACCUAAACCAAGAAUCAUAUUCCCAAAUCUGUGAAUCACAAUCCUCUUUCGUGUGUUUCCACUUGCAAUCUGAAACAAAGAGACGAGCAUCUUCUUCUGUAAGAAAGAUGCACAAGGACACGGGAAUCGCAGAAAAUCAACUUCCUCCACAAGGAUAUCCAGCUGCAGGACAAGUCUCUGAACAACUUGGACAAGACGAGAAGAAGAAGGUUUUCAAGACCAAGCAGAAAGGAGACAGAGGCUUCAUUGAAGGAUGUCUCUUUGCAUUAUGCUGCUGCUGGGUUUGUGAGAUGUGUUUCUAAGGAAAAGAAGGAUGGCUUUCCUCCUGUGUGUCUGAGAAUGGCUUUCCUUAUCUAUUAUUAUUACCCAGUGAGAUUGCAGAACCAACAUAGUAGCUCAACCUGAAUCUUCCUAUACUAUCUGUGUGAUGUUUGUGUGUAUUCAAAGAAGGUUUAUUAUUAUACUAAUAUAAUGUAAAGAUAUCAACAUAUUUUAUGAG